UUUUUUUUCUUUUUUAUUCUUUUUUUUUCGCUAUGUCUCUUCAGAAUCUUUAUAUUGCCCGUCUUACGACCCAAGAAAGACCUUGUUUUGUGUGUAGUAAAUUUACCAACGUCGUAUUGACUUCAGCAGACAAUAGCAAUUCAGAUUGGUUUUAUGUCUGUAAAACGCAUCUCGGAGACACCAACUUUUGUUCGAAACUCGGGGGUCCAAAACAAACACUCGUAAAGAAUGAAGUCGCUUUAAAAAAAGAAGCUGCUUUGGCUAACAGGAAACCAGAAAGUGACAGUGUUACUGACCUAGUAUCGAGUAUUGGCUCAGCAUGGAAGUCCUGGAGAAACAGCAAUAGCCAUGAACAAGACAAGAAAGAAAAGGACGCGAAGGAAGAACAAAAGGAAGCAAAGGAAGAACAAAAGGAGGACAAGAAAGAAUCACCGAGUUUGACACCACCCACAAGUCCAACAAGUUCAAGCCCUCAACAGCCUGUUCGAUUUGUCAUUCAGCGUGAUUAUUUCUAUUUACGUCAACGAGAAUAUCAAAAGAAACAACAAAAGAAAGAAGCUUCACAGAAACUAAAGACAUUACAGUUUCCUGAAGUGCCAAAAUCAAUGCCUACCAUACAAAAGUAAAUCUUAAUUUCGUAAUACAUAUUUAUUUCAAAGGAUGAUGUUGCAUUGACAUAAUGCCAAUGAUUUUUUUU